UUUAUCUACUGCGUAGAUUGUAAUGUUUUUGCAUGCGUGUCGGCCUCAGGAUACGUCCAGCACUGAAGACUUUAAUUGUAUUACCCGCUGCAAUUGUUGACACGGAGCUGAGUCGACAAUGCCUAUAUCCGACUCUAUCGGGAUAUUGUCAGCGGCGCACACGCAUAAGUGGUAUUGCCUCAUUGUCCCUGAAGGAGCUUUUACCAGCGAUUUGGCAUUCUUCGGUGCCAUUCCUACGAGCACCAGUUAAUGACUACUGCGUCUAGUAUGUGUAAGUGGCGAUUCUUGGCUGCAGGGUGCUCCCCCUCUUGAAUGGCACUGGGACCCACGAGGCAGUGUACUAACGAAACCUCGAAACACAAGAGGAAACACGAAGCCCUACUAUGUCGUACACGUACACCAAAGAUAAGCACUGGUUUUCCUCUAGUAGCUAGAGGCUCCUCUAUGGUUUGUAACAUGUCCGUCUCCGACGGGCGUGCUUUUCGGAUUGAAUGAAUCAAUUCAACGCCACUUUUUUUCCGUGAUGGCACGGAUCGUAUGACAAGCUCGUCCUUAAGCUUCGAGGUUGGAUGGGCACGGCUGGCAAUGUGCCUGCCUCUGGAGCUGGUGU